AUGAGGAGUUUUUUCUUAUUGUUCGUUCUCCAGACGUGGAAUGUCACAGAUGGCAGCGAUGCUGCUGCGCAGGACUGUGGUUCGGUGGUGAAUGACACUUUGAAAAGUCCAAAUUAUCCUGAAGGCUAUCCACACAAUAUGGAUUGUGAAUUUAUAGUUCCUAUUCCGUCCGACUUUAGAAUAAAAGUCACAUUUGAAUACAUAAAGUUGCCCAAUCUAAAAGAUUGGUAUGAGUGCAUGUGUGAUUAUUUGACGGUCCGCGCUGACAACAGAAGCUAUGGAAAAUACUGCGGUGCAAUGACAGGCGAGACCAUUUUGGUAACUGGAAACUACAUUGUGAUAAAUUUUCACGCUGGGAGUGGUUUUUCCAAUAAAGAGAGAGGAUUUGUGUUACAAUUCGAGGUUGUUGAUCCACCAGUUCAACCAAGUAUCUGUCCAACCGGUUGGUAUUAUCAAUAUGGAUCAUCUUGUUACAAAUUCAGCUCUGAGUCUCUCACUUGGAACGAAGCUGUGACACACUGUCAAAGUCUUGGAGGCUACUUAGUGAAGAUCGAUGAUGCCAACGAGCAGUCUUUUAUCACGGAGAAAAUCAAAGAAAUGCGACAUGUACAGGCAACUUGGAUUGGGCUACACGAUCCUGAUAACAGUAACAAUUUCAAAUGGAUUUAUGAUGAUACUCUUGCCAAUUUCAGCAACUGGAAUACAAACGAACCUAAUAAUCCAGCGGAGGACUGCGCAACAGCUUAUGGGGUUUGGUACGACAUGUAUGAUGCGCCCUUCCCUGCGGGGAAAUGGAAUGACAUACAGUGUAGUGUCACGACUUACUUCAUUUGCGAGAAAAAUGCCGACUGCGGUUCAGUGGUGAAUAACACUUUGAAAAGUCCAAACUAUCCUAAAGGCUAUCCACACAACAUGAAGUGCAGUUAUUCAGUACCUAUUCCACCUGGCAAGAGAAUGAAAAUCAAGUUUCAAUACUUUAAGUUGCCUGAUCCUAUUACUGAUAUGUUUCAGUGCUUAGAGGACUUUCUGAUGGUUCAUAACGAACAAGAGCAAUACUUUGGAAGUUAUUGUGGUACAGCAUUUAGAGAAACCAUUUUUGCAACUGGAAAUAAAGUGGUCUUAAAGUUCCAAUCUCUGGGUGGUUUUGACAGCAAUGACAGAGGAUUCUUACUACAUUUUGAGGCUGCUGACCCACCUGGUAAGACAAGAUAG